AUGGCCCAAGGGAAUGCCGACCUUCCCCAGCAGGAUGCCAGCCCGAUUCUCACGGAGCGGCCGCCGAGGCCGCCGCCCUUUCUCAAGGAAACGCUCAAUGCUCGAUCUGAAUAUUAUACAAGCCAGGAUGAUGGUACUGCGGAGCAUAGGAUCAAUCAAUAUGUGAUCAAGCAGGAGAUUGGCAGAGGAUCGUUCGGAGCAGUGCAUUUGGCUACUGACCAGUUUGGAAACGAAUAUGUAUUUUGCCUUGCUCCAUGCCAUCUUGCUCGUUUACGGAAACGUGCACAGUCGCAUCUUCUGCGCCGGCCUCGAGGCCCCAAGCGUCCUUCUGAUGGGUUUAACUCCCCGCUGCAUCGCCGCCCCCCAGGCGAGGACGAGAACACAGAGAACGCCCUCUACCUAAUCAAGGAAGAGAUCGCCAUCAUGAAAAAGCUGAACCAUAACAACCUCGUGUCCUUGAUAGAGGUAUUGGAUGAUCCCAAGGAGGACUCGUUAUACAUGGUCAUGGAGAUGUGUAAGAAGGGCGUGAUCAUGAAGGUUGGGCUCGAGGAAAGAGCUGACCCCUAUGACGACGACCAGUGUCGCUGUUGGUUUCGAGAUUUGAUACUGGGCAUUGAGUAUCUGCAUGCGCAGGGAAUCGUACAUCGAGACAUCAAGCCAGAUAACUGUCUUCUGACGAGCGAUGAUGUCUUGAAAGUCGUCGACUUCGGAGUAUCUGAAAUGUUCGAGAAAGAUUCGAAUAUGUUCACUGCAAAAUCGGCCGGCUCUCCUGCCUUUCUCCCGCCGGAACUAUGCGUAGUGAGACACGGAGAUGUCUCGGGCAAGGCCGCAGACAUAUGGUCUAUGGGUGUCACAUUAUACUGCCUUCGAUACGGCAAACUACCCUUCGAGAUGCAAAGUAUCUUCGAGCUUUAUGAAGCUAUCAAGAAUGACCCUGUGAUUUGCGAAGGGGAGAGCGACGAAAACUUCAGGGAUUUGAUGUCACGAAUUCUGGAGAAGGACCCGUCAAAACGGAUACAAAUGGAGGAGUUACGAGAACACCCGUGGGUGACGAAGAAUGGACUUGAUCCCCUAUUACCAGAAAGCGAAAACACCGCUGAAAUCGUCGGCCUCCCCACGGAAGAAGAGAUGAACUCCGCCAUUACGAGGACUAUUGGUCACGUCCUCGCCGUGAUCAAAGCUGUCAAGCAUUUCAAAAGGCUCAUCGACCCGGCAAAGGCGGAUCCCCCUAUGCAGAGUAUCCUCGGUCAAGAAUAUGAGACUCACUUUGUCGAGCCUCCUAUGGAAAUGGAGCCAGAUGAAAGCUUAUCGGCCGGCAAUAUGCCCAUUCUCAAUAACAAGAGUCAGAGCCUGAACACAUAUAAUAGAAGGCCCUGGGAAAGGGAUAACGUCGUGCAGGGAUAUCACCAACGGCGCGAGGAUAUCGUCUCUAACCACUUAACAGAUAACAGCAGCGAGUCUGUCGGUUUCCACGGGAAAUCCGAUCCUUCUCCAGGCAGCAACAGCAAGAACACGCCGAGGCUCGAACCCGAGAGGAAGGAUUCUGGGUCGAUCCGCAGCACUAAUGUUAUCGGGGGGUCUCUUGACGACCUGCAAGCAACCUCCACACCUCAGUCCCCAUCUCCUUUCGUCGCACUGUCUCGAGCAAGCUCAGUCACUACAAAACGCAGUGUCGAGGGGACUCGUGGACAUGCACGCGACCCUCUAGAGGAGGAAUUCCCAUUUCUGUACAUUGGGCCUUCAACGUAUACGGGCUCCUCUGAGGAAACCAAAGGGGAUCUGGAUGCCGACCCGAUCUUCGAAGAACCGGAUACUAUGAUCUCCGCCGAACCGGCCGAGAUGGACGUGGAACUGUCCUAUCCAAUUGUGAGCGAGUCACCAGGCGCUGCUGAAUUUGACAUCUACGAGACUGCCUACCGACAAGAAAUCGAACGCAUCCGGACACGCACUCUUCCACGACAAGGUACUAUACCUAAGAUGUAUCUCACUCGUCGCGUGGAAGGAAGAGACGAUGUGAAGAAACUAGUAGGACAGGAUACCCCUGAUCUGGAUUUGGGGGCGGGGAGAAAGAAUACCGGCUUAAGCCUGAGCUCUGCCGUCAGCGCAAUUCGGCUUCAACUGGAGCAGCAGCAGAAGCUAAAGGCUGCAGAGAAUCAAAAACCAGCCCACCCCUCUUUAUCAUCCGCAUCUGUUGCGGAACCUACUGCAUCAUUGUCUGCGGCGACCGGCACCACAGCUCCCGAUACGUCGAACUCAGCGGCUUCAUCAAUCAGGUUAAGAAGUUUGCUUGAUCGUGUCAGAAGUAGUCAGGAUCCAUGAAUAAAAGAGAUCUAAAGGGUUGCCGGACCAGAUUUCUGGGGUAGGUCAACAGAAGGAAAAUGAAAAUCCGCCAAUACAUCUCAUAUGUCACAUAGUCUUGGCAACCUUGUUUCAUAAUGUAACCAUACAUCUCAAGGCGGGGACUUUGUGUGACAGCCAAGCGUCGUAACUGGGGUGCCGCGAAUAGAAUCGUCUCGUUUGUACAGCCAAUCCUACAACAACAUAUGCUACAAUACGGCAUGGUCAUAUCUGGUGUCUACAGAGGGUGCCUUUUCUGGCCCUCCUCGUUCUUCCUUUUGCUGUCUUUGAUCUUCUUUCGCCCUCUUUGCCUUG